AUGGCGUCAAGAGGAUUGCCACCACGAUGGAAGAACUGCCCUCGUUUUGGCGACCCGAUUGCAGACCUCUUUAUACCAUUCAAAGUACCACUCGCCGAAUCCUUUUUUAAUAUGCUAAAUCCAAGCGAAUACUUUACACCACAAAUGAUGAUCUCUUCAAUGAGAAGUAAAAAGUUAAAUGUUGGACUAUGGAUCGAUUUGACAAACACCAAUCGGUAUUAUGAACUGCAGAAUCCAGCCAGUGACGGUAUUGAAUAUGUCAAGCUAAGACUACGAGGACAUGGCGAAUGCCCCAAAGUGGAACAAGUUCAAGAGUUUAUUAACCUAUGCCGCAGCUUUCACAAUAGAAGGCCAAAUUUCCAUAUAGCAGUUCAUUGCACACACGGAUUCAAUCGCACAGGAUUUCUCAUAUGCGCCUUUCUGGUGGAUGAACUCGGCUGGGACAUCGAGGCUGCUAUUCAAACGUUUUCCAAAUCUCGACCUCCAGGCAUUUACAAGUCCGACUACCUUGAAGAGUUGGGCAGGAGGUACGGACCUAUUGAGUCAGUACUUGAAGUUCCCGAAAGGCCUGACUGGUGCAAUGAGGACAGUCAGUAUGAAGACGAUGACUCAAUGGUUCAGAAUGGUCAUUCCGCUGCCUCAACUUCAGCUCAAAACGACCCAACACUCACCAACCCUCAUCCUGGCGUAUUCCUCAUCACUGACAAUGAUAAGAUUCAUCAAGUUCAGCGAAUGUGCGUUGGAAUGUGCAGCUACCGACGCAACGACUUUCCCGGUGCUCAUCCAGUGUCGCUGACGCAGGAGAACAUUAUCCUCUUGGCGCAGAAUGAGUACCUGGUCAGCUGGAAGGCGGACGGCACUCGCUACAUGAUGCUGAUAAUGGGCGCUGAGAUGUACUUCUUUGAUCGAGAUUUCAGAGUGUUCCAGCUUAUCAAUGUCAAAUUUUUGAAGCGAAGCGACUCGUCGCCUCUCACCAACACUCUGAUUGACGGCGAAAUGGUGGCGGAUAUAGUCGACGGAAGAAGUACGACACGAUUCCUCAUCUACGACAUCAUCUACUUUGAUGGGCAAGACGUGAAGCAGAACAACUUUCGAGAGCGUCUCAAUAUCAUCUUUAAGGAGAUUAUCACCCCACGAGAGAACGGCAAACGCACCGGUGCUAUCAACAGAGAAACCGAACCAAUCGGCAUUCGCAUAAAAGACUUCUGUGAACUGGAGAAAACCGUCAAGUACUUUAGCCCAAAGUUCACCCGAGGACUGUCGCAUGAAAUUGACGGGCUGAUAUUCCAACCAGUGAGCAUGCCGUACACGCCCGGUCGAUGUGACAAGAUGCUCAAGUGGAAGCCACCGUCACACAACUCGGUGGACUUUCGCCUGUGCAUUGUCAAGGAGACCCGACCUGGCUACGUGGAGGACUACCAGGGUCAGCUGUACGUCGGCAACCUUGAUAAGCCAUUCGACUACAUCAAGGUGACCAAGGCGCUAAAGAACUACAACAACAAAAUCAUUGAGUGCCGGUACAAUGAGCACAACAAAGGCUGGGAGCUGAUGCGCGAGCGAACGGACAAGUCCUAUCCCAAUGCGUUCACUACCGCUACCAAUGUGGUCAACUCGAUAAGGAAUCCAGUCACGCGAGACUUUCUCAUUAAUUACAUCGCCAAGCACCGCUUUCGUCCUGAUCAUCAUCAUCACUUUUAG